AUGGUAAAUUGGUCAAAUCUCCCUCUGGAGCUCCUCGACCUCAUUGCCUCCAAGUUUGAUACCCCGUUCGUCACUUGCCCUUUACGUUCUGUCUGCUUUACGUGGCGGUUCUCUAUCCCCCAAUCUCUCCCUAUAUUUUUUCCUCCUAUAAAAAUCUUCAACUCUAAUGUCCAUCACUGUGACCUCCGCCUUACUAAACAAACUUUUUUCCAACUUUCUCCUUCCUUUGACCACGACGCUUCCGAGUGGCUCAUCAAGACCGAGGAGCACAGCCCCGGGGCUCUCCAUUUGUUCAAUCCCUUUUCUAGGACCCUCAUUAAACAAUUAGCUCCUAAUCUUCCUAGAAAAUUUGAUCUAACUAAUAUUAAAAUCAAAGAGUUGGAUAGUGAGUACGUGUUACGUAACAUUAUUAUUAGUCCUAGUACUAGAAACAUGGAUUACUACAAUAAUAUGGAGCAUCAAAAGGUAACCGUUACCUUCCUUAAUUCUAUUAGUAAUAAUGUUAAUGUUGAUUAUGUUAUUUUGUCCAUGCAUAACACGAGUAAAUUACUUAUGUAUCAGUCCAAAAUUGAGUCAUGGGAAUUUUUGGAUGAUUAUACUUUGGGUUAUGAUGAUAGGAGUAUAUAUAUUAAUGAUUGGUCUUUGCACUAUGUGGAUGUAGUAGAGUAUGAUGGUACAUUUUAUGUUGUCACGAAUUCAGGUAGGACGGUAGCCAUUAAGGUUAUUGACUUUUCAGUCACAAUAACAUUAGUAAAAACUGUUGUUAUUGGUGGUGAUAAAAAAUGUCUAGUGAAAGUAGCGGAUGAUCUGUUAAUGGUGGACUUGUAUACCAAUUUGACUCCUGAACUUAUAAAGGUACACAGGGUUGAAAUUUUCAAACUUGAUAAAGAUGGACAGAAUUGGAUAUUGGUUACGAAUUUAGAGGAGCACACAAUUUUUUUAAGCAACCAUUCUUCAUUUUCCACGAUUGGUUUAAAAGGAUGCAAAGGCAAUUGCAUUUACUUUCAUUUUAAGAAUUUAGAAAGUAAGGAUUCAUAUUUUUCGGAGAUUAAAGAGGGAGAUUUUGAUGAAGUUGAUGAUUUUGAGUGGAAAAGUGAUGAAGUUGGUGUUUUUGAUUUCGAAAAUGAAACUUGUGGACCUUUGGAAAAAUAUUUGGAAGGUUCUCAACCAUAUUUUUGGCCUCCGCCAGGUUGGGUUACUUUGGCAUGUAUUACAUGA